CUUAAAAUCUAAAUAUUUUAUAAUAUUACCUUGCAUGAGUUGACAUCACCUCAUUCGUAUGUUUUUAUUUGCUGUUUUUGUAACAGCUGUGUGAAGAAAUUUUUCCUAACAAAUAAUUUUUUUUAUUAUUAAUUCGCAAUUUAAAACUAUAAAAUAAAAUGUUCUCACGAAAAAAACCAGAGCCUGCAAAAAGAAGAAAUCAUAAUUUAUCUCAGUUUGGUCUUACGGAUAUACCAGAUGAUUUUGAUCCUAGCUUAGGCUUUGACGGAGGCGAUCAUGAUGUAAAUGAUAGUGAUUUAGAAGCAGAAUUAGCUGCCAUUGCUGGUGGAGGUAACAGAACCAAACCGAAACCCAAACAAAAACCAAAUCUUUUACCAUCUAAUGAAUUGGAUAAAAUGAUAGCAGAUAGUUUAAAAGAUAUAGGAAGUGAUGAUGAAGACGAUGAAGAUACUGAAAAUGAUACUGAACUCUUAGGGGAAUUGCAAGGAAUUGUUGGCGAAGAUUUGGAAGACGGAAAUGGUGAAGAAGAUCAAACAGUAACUAGUCAAAUGGAACAAGAAAGUAAGUCAGAAAUAUUUUUGCCUACAACGGAUAUAAGUACCGCCGAUAUUAUAAAGCAGCGUAUUGAAAUGUAUAAAGUCGCAGAAGCUAAUGCUAAAGCUGCUGGAGAAAGUGCUAAAAUGCGACGGUUUAAUCGUGGUCUAAAAACUCUAAAUGAUCUUCUACGACAAGCCAAUUCAGGUAAAACUAUAAACCCUGACGAUAUACCCCCGGAGGUUAGUGUCAAGCCAGUAGCAAAAAGUAGUACAGAUUCAGAUGACAAUCCCGUUCCCGUCGUCGAAGAACCUCCUAAAGUACCUACACGAAAAGCCCCAUUGCCUCCAGCAUCGAGUCAGGAAGAAAUCAAGGCAAAUGAAGUUGACAUAGCUUCUCCAACUCCACAAGUUCAUCCAUUAGUCCAACAGAUGCGUUCACGUCAGCAAGAAUACAAAGCAGCGGCCUUACAAUCUAAGCGUGCUGGAGAUACAGCAAUGGCAUUGCAAUUCUUAAAAGUUGUCAAACAGUUUGAUGUCGUUGUAAAGAUGUGUGAAGAUGGUCAAGAAGUCGAUCUAAGUGAUAUGCCACCACCGCCGGACCAAUUUAAGGAAUUUAUAGAAAAAAUGCAAGCUGCAUCUGCAGAACAACCAGCAGAUACUGUGCCGAUGUCACCGGCAGCUCCCGUCACCGAAUCUGAAUCGGUUGUAGAGCCGAGUCUUAGUACUGCCACAAAUAUGUUGGAAGCUUUACAGCAGUAUCAAGCUAAAUAUAAAUCAGUCGAAGAGUCAGCAAAAGCUGAGGGUAAUGCCAGUAAAGCAAGAAGGUUUGGACGCAUAGUUAAACAAUAUGAAGAUGCAAUUAAAGCUUAUAAGGCGGGACGACCAGUAGCUUACGAUGAACUUCCAGUUCCUCCUGGUUUUGGGCCUUUGCCUGUAGAAAAUGCAGCGGUUCCACCGACACCAAAGGUUGAUUCAGUGCCACCAAGUCCACCUACGACUUCAACAACUGCAUCGACACCAGAACCUUCACCAACUGCAACUGCAAAAAAGCAAUCGACUCCGCCCCAACACAUUGAUCUGACAACACGUACAUCGGGGAAUCAACAGAAAAACAAUUUGGCCGAGCAUCAAAUGAAAAUUUUGCUAGAACGUCAAAAGGAAUUUAAGUUAGCUGCUAUAGAAGCCAAAAAGGCUGGAGAAAUCGAUCAGGCCAAGGAAUACUUAAAAAUCUACAAAGGUUUUGAUGCUUUAUUAAAUGCUGCCAGUAGUGGUUUACCUGUUGAUUUAAAUACGUUACCAGUGCCUCCCUCGCAAAGAGAUAAUCUCGAGGCUUCAUUUGCCAUAAUAACAACAGAUGAAUGUGAUCCAAAUGACGAUAUUUCUGAUAUAGGUAUUCGCGUCGAAGAACAAUUAGCAAAGCAGUUGAUGAUGUGUAAAAAUACGAGAGAUCAUCACAAGGCUAUGGGUGAUAUUGCUGGGAUGAAUCGAUUUGAAAAUUUGGCAUUAACUGUUCAGAAAGAUCUAGAUCUAGUACGUUAUUCGAAGCGUAAAAAUUUUCCACUGCCAAAAUUCCACUACGAAAAACGUAGUUUUAAUAUAGUACAUUGUAAUACCGACUUGACUGAUAAUGAAUUGGAAAUUGUUGUCGUACGUGGUAUAAAUUAUAAUGUUCCUAAUCCAAAGGAAGUCGAUACCUAUGUUAAAAUUGAGUUUCCCCUUCUCAAUGAUGAAACAUUUAAAACAAAAACCAAUUUAGUUAAAGACACCGACAGUCCUGAUUAUGAUCAACAUUUUAAAGUUGAUAUUAUGCGAAGCAACAGACAAUUUCAACGUAUCUUUAAAAGACAUGGUGUUAAAUUUGAGGUUUAUUCGAGAGGAUGCAGUUUAUAUUGUUGUGGAUUAAGUCGAAUACUGCCCAUAUGUUGUUUCAGAGGAUUUUUACGUUCGGACACACUCAUCGGAACAGUUAAUGUCAAAUUGCAGCCGCUAGAAACAAAAUGUGAUAUACACGAUACAUUUGAUCUUGUUGAGGGGCGUAAAAAAGUUGGCGGUAAAUUGGAAAUCAAAUUACGAGUCCGUAAUCCUAUAUUAACUAAACAAAUGGAACAUAUUAAUGAAAAAUGGCUGGUAAUUGACACCUGAAUGAAAUUGAAUUUAUAAAUAGAGGAACGAAAUUAUGUAUUUAUCUUAGAAUUAAGGAAAUAUUUUAUUUAUUGAACAAAUCUUAAAGAAACGAUGUUCUUGCUUUUAUGAAUUAUGCAUUGUAAAGGAUUGUCUGAAUAACAUUUCGUCACCAUAAACGCAAACAGCCCUAUCUUACAUUUUUAAUAUUUUACAGGAGAAGCAAUAAACUAUUUAAAUUAAAAAAUUUGUUUAUAUUAAGGCUAUGUACUUGUAGUAAAUAAAUUUAAUAGUGAAACCUAUUAGUUAUUAUAAUAGCUGAAAAUGGCUAAUUUGACUUUUUGCCUUUAAUAUUUAAUUUUUUUGUAGAUAAAAUCAAUAAAAUCGCUAAUUUUGGUCGGAGGAGUCCAAUUUUUUAAGUAGAUAUUUGUUUAAAUGCAAUACAUUAGAAUCAACAAUUAAAUCAAUUUUAAAUUGAUGGUUGGUUAGGGCCCUUUGCGUUUCAGGUGACGACAUAGAUUUCUUACAUUGCAUACAUGUAUUGGUUUUAAUAACUUUUUAAAAGGAUUACAAAUGCAUAUUUUUACUUUGUUGCUUGUAAUUUAAUUAUAUUAAAGCUAAACUAAGAUAUUUACUACUAAAUAAACUUACAAUAUUUUUUUUUGGUAAAUCUAUUAAUUUAUUUCACUAGAAUUGUUGCAUUAUUUGAUUUCAAUGUACUGUACUUGAGUUGAAAAUAAACUGGUGUUGUUAAAUAUAUCAAUUCCACGUACUUUGUAAAAACCUUAAAAGAAAAUUAAUAAAAAUAUUAAUUCAAGUAAUAUAAUAUGUAUUAGCUUUUCACUAUAAAUUUAUAUUUAAAUAUAAUUAAGUAUUUAUGUUUUUGGCGGAGCUUAAAAAUAAACUUAUUUAUAUUAAAA